UUCUGUGGCAAGCGUCAGUAAAUCAUUAAAUUAAUAGCCCCCCACACACGCUCACGCACACGCACACACAUACGCAACGGCACAGCUGUUGAGCGUAUUGGUGUGUGUGCUGUUGGCAUUUGCCAGCAGAAGGAAGCAGAAGUAGUGGCUGAGGAAGAGGAAGAGAGAAAGCGCUGCCUUCUGCCAGUGCCUUGGAAAUUGGCGGCAGUUGACCGCAGCGACGAAGGCGACGUCGCAUGCAUCACACACACACAAACUUACGCACACACACUCGCACGCAUUGAGUAAGCGAGAGUUCGUCAUCAUCAGGCAAAAAGGAGGCGGGGAGGCGCCGCGUUCCGUCCCGUUGGCCCAUUGUGACAUUUGAUUUAUUUGACGUGUGUGUUUUUGAUAGAAGCUCAACACGAAACUGACACGUUCAUACACACACACACACACACACACACACAUGCACACGCAUAGUCGGGCGCGUACACAGGCAAACAUACAUACAUACAUACGUAUUAAGAGCAGCAGACGCAGCGUCGACGGCGCCGCUCUCAAGAAUUUCGAACGUGAAACGAAAAUAAAAUGAAAUACAUUUAAUUUCUGUGUCUGUGCUUGUAUUUGUAUUCGAACUCGUGUAUUUGGUUUAGUUAAGUGCGUUCGCGUUCGCCUCACACUGUGCCCAACAACAACAACAACAACAGCAGCAACAACAAUUCGCCAAUCGAUGUGCGAAAUUAAUAACGGUAUUUAGCAGCAGAGACAAGCCAAAUAUACGAAAGAAAAGCAACAACAAAAAACUAUUGACAAAAUGAUGCUACACGAGGCUGUAAUGCUGGAGAUCUAUCGCCAGGCGCUGAGUGCAAGUGAGCUGGCGAGUCCGCGUUGUCAGUCGCGGGAAUCGAACGCCUCCGCCGCAGCCGGUGACGCCCGCUGUCCGUCGAACGAGUCGCACUGCUCGGCCAACGACUGCUUGACGCCGGCGCCGACGCCCACGCCCACAGCCGCCUCGCCGGUGGGCCUGCCGCUGGCCGCGACGCUGGCGCCCUCGGCAGCUGCUGCGCUGCUGCCGCCGCAGUCGGCUGCGAUGGCUGCGUACCUGGCGGCGGCGCAACAGAAUCACCUGCUGCUGACCAAUCCACUGGCAGCGGCCGCUUCGCUGGUGCAGCAGGCCACGCAGCAGGCGUCCUCGCCGCAGGAUCACAGGCAGGAGGAGGAGGCGCCCGCUCUAGACUUCAGCCGGAAGCGCACGCCCAGCGACAGCGAAGCCGCCGCCAGCGAUGAGGAGCCGGAGGCGGAGCAGGAGCAGGCGGAGCAGGAUCAGGAAUCGGCGCCUCUGGAUCUCUCGGUAAGCACGCGCAAACGCCCGACGCCCGGACUGGAGCAGGAGUCGCCUGCGCGCAAGCUGCCACGCAGCACAGACUACAAAUCUCCCUUGCCCCCGGGCAGCUGGGUGCCGCCCAUAAAUCCCUACCUGGCUGCUGUGGCGGCCAAGUCGGGGCUGGGCGGCAAGAUGGCGCCCAGCGAGGCGAGCAAGGCGCUGGAGAAGAUGAGCGAGAUGAGCCGCCUGGAGACGCCGCCGCCCAGCAGCAGGACAGCAGCAGUAGCAGGUCCGGCAGGAGGCGGGGCAGGAGCAGGAGCAGGCGCAAGUGCAGGAAGUGGAGGAGGAGGACGCCACAGCGCCUGGCAAUCGCACUGGCUAAACAAAGGCGCCGAUGCGGCCAAGGAUGUCUUCAAGUGCGUCUGGUGCAAGCAGAGCUUCGCCACGCUGGCGCUGCUCACCACCCACAUGAAGGAGACGCAGCACUGCGGUGUCCAGGUGCCGUCGCCCUCGGCGCUCGGCGGGCAGGGGACGGCGACGCGCUCGGCCAAUGCGACGUCCACGAGCAACUCGAACUGCUCGAGCAGCAGCAGCUCCAACUCGUCCAGCUCGUCCAAGUCGGAGCUGAACAUGCUCAUCAAGGAGACGAUGCCGCUGCCCCGGAAGCUGGUGCGCGGCCAGGACGUCUGGCUGGGCAAGGGCGCCGAGCAGACGCGCCAGAUACUCAAGUGCAUGUGGUGCGGGCAGAGCUUCCGCUCGCUGGCCGAGAUGACCAGCCACAUGCAGGAGACGCAGCACUACACCAACAUCAUAUCCCAGGAGCAGAUCAUCUCGUGGAAGUCCGGCGACGAGCGGCCCUCCAAUGGCGGCCAGGGCGGCGCCUCGGCCUCUGCGUCCGCCUCCAGCAGUGCCACGCCCACGGCGCCCAGUGUCAGCGCCGUGCUGACGUGCAAGGUGUGCGACCAGGCGUUCGCCACGCUCAAGGAGCUGAGCACGCACAUGGCCCAGCUGUCGCACUACAAGGACGCGGGCUCCAGCUGCUCCUCGUCGGUGUCGCCGCCAGCGCCGCCCAGCGCCUCGGCCGGCGCAGCGGGACUCGGGGCGAAGCGCGGCCGGCAGACGCGCAACGAGAAGCGCAAGAAGUCGCUGCCCGUGCGCAAGCUGCUCGAGCUGGAGCGCUCCGGCAGCGGCUCCGGCCUGGACUCGGCCCUGAAGCCGCUGCGCGACUUCGCCGCCGCCACGAAGAUCACGUGCGAGAAGUGCGGCAGCAAGAUCGAGACGGCUCUGUUCGUGGAGCACAUCCGCAAGUGCCUCGGCGACAGCAUUCCCAUCCCGCCCAGGCGCGCGCCCACCCAGGAUCAGCAGCAGCAGCAGCGUCUCUCCAGCCCCAGCAUGUCGCUGCACGCGGAGAAGCCGGGCAGCAGCAGCAGCUCCGGAGCGCCCUCCGUGCUGAACGCCCUGGAGCAGCUCAUCGAGAAGAGCUUCGAGUCGCGCGUGGGCCGCCUGGCGCCCGGCUACCCGGAGUCCGGCACGCCCCUGGGCGCCAGCAUCCUGAAGCGCCUGGGCAUCGACGACAGCAGCGACUACACGAAGCCCCUGAUGGAUGCGCAGGCCAUGCAGAUGCAGCUGCUGAGGUCCUCCUACCCGGCCCGGGACCGCAGCGCCAGCGAGUCGAGCUCGGCCAGCCGCGUCGAGUCCGCCUACACGCCGGACCGACAGCAGGCCACGCCCCGCCGCACGCCCGACACGCCAGCAUCGACGGCCAUGGCGACGCCCUCGCUGCCCCCGCCGGCGGCGUCCAGCUGCAGCAGCUCCAGCACCACCACCAUCAUCAAGUCGGAGCCCCUCGAGCCGGAGUCCGGUGCCGGUGCCGCUGAGGUUGAGCCUAGCAGCCGGCACCUGAUCAACGUGAAGAAGGAAUUCAGCAUGGAUCAUGCCACUGGAAAUCCUCGGGAGAGUCCAGGCGCGAGCAGCGAGCGCUCCAACACCACGCCUCCUGCUGCGCCCGGCCAGAGCUCCGCCAUGUCGGAGAGCGGCAGCCUGUUGGCCCUCAACUCCAUGUUCGAUCAGCUGAGCAGCGUCGAGGCGAACAACAACAACACAGGACAUUGCUUCAACAACAACAACAACAACAACAACAACAAUAGCAACAACAACAUCAACAAUAACAACGGCAAAAAGCCAAAGGCUCAUCCCUUGGCCGCGCUGCAGAAGCUGUGCGAGACAACGGAUCCGCCGGCCUCCAAUACGCGCAGCUCCUCCACGUCCGGCUCCGCUACGGGGGCGGGGCUGGGCAACGGCAGCGACUUGGUCGCCUUCAGCUGGGCCUGCAACGAGGCGGUGCUCAGUGCGGGCGCCGGAGUGGACUCGAUCAUCAAGUGCUCGUUCUGUGAUACGCCGUUCGGGUCGAAGGGCGCCUAUCGGCAUCACCUGUCCAAGGUGCACUUCGUGAGGGACGCGGGCGAGGAGACGCCGCCGCUGAAGUCGCCCGCAGCUGCGCAGUCGCCGAAGUCGCUGCCUCUGGCAUCGCCCAAGCGUUCGGCGUCGCGCAGUCCGGCAACGCCGGCCCAGCAGCUGCCGCAGUCGUCGCCGUCGCCCUACGACGAGAGUCCGCAGUCCAAGUUCCUCAAGUACACGGAGCUGGCCAAGCAGCUGUCCUCGAAGAACGCCUAAGGAGCUUCUCACUCUGCCACACAAUUCAAUAUAAAUAUCAAUUCAGCUUAGCAGUUGUGUUGCGUGGUGUAAGAAGCGCUGAAAGUGCUUUCGAUGAGCGGUGCAUUGAUUUCUGAUUUCUGAUCAAAGAGAGCGCAGUCUGGCUGCAGACGUGCUCUCUCUGUGUCUCUCUCGCUCUCCCUCUGUCGCUGCCUCGUUCGCUCUCUGCAGCCACAUUUCCCCUACUUUGCUGAAUUGGCGGUAAACAUUUCCCCAAGUUGUCUUUGCCCCAUGCUAGCUGUCUGGGGUAGUCUGCAUGUGUGUGCUUGUGUGCGUGACGUCACAGCGCUGACGUCUCUGUGCUUCGUUUUUAUCGUUUGCCAAUUCGCACAGCAUGCCAUCGCAUUCACACGCGCGAGAGGCGUCUGAAAUUCAAUUACCACCACUUUGACGAACUGCUGUCCAUCAAAGAGCACUCACACACACACUCACACAGGCGCGCACACACAAGCAGAAACAGAGACACACAGAUUAACAGUGCAGUGCAAUUGCAGGCGUGCUAAAGAGUGAGACGGCUGUAGUGUGCGCAGCUGUUUGACGAAAGGCGACGACAACAGUUCGUCAAAAUGAAAACGAAAAACAAACACACACAAAAACAAAAUACAAAGCAAAAACAAGCUGACCCAUGCGAUUGGAUGAUGCCGCACAGCACUAAAACAACAAUAGCAACACUCAAAUGGGUGGGGGUACAAUUGAGUGCAAACGAAACAGGUCCGAGCGCAAAAUUGAGCGCAGACAGACAGGGAGAGAGCGAGACAGUGAGUGGGCGAGCGAGAUUUAUUGAGUGAAUUAUAAGAUUUUGGCUCAAUGAAAACGCAAAGAAACAAAAAUUCCUCUGCAAAAAGCGUGCCAAA